AUGGAUGAGGCAGGGGCCUCCUGCUCCAGCCUCACCUGUACCCCACAGGGCGUUACUGGGUCUGUUCCUAGAAGCACACCAAAGUGGGCAGGCCGGCGCGGGGCGGCCCCGGCGGGCGAGGGGCAGGGCGGGGAGGACGAGGAGGAGGACUGCUUCCAGCUGCAGCUGUUGUACUGCCUGUACGAGACCCAGGACGACGCCUUCGUGCGCCAGGCCCUGAGCGGCCUGCCCGAGCUGGUGCUCGAGCGAGUGCGCUUCAGCCGCAUGGACCUCGAGGUCCUGAGCUACUGCGUGCGGUGCUGCCCCGCGGGGCAGGCGCUGAGGCUGCGCGCCUGCAGGCUGGUGGCCGCCCAGGAGAAGGAAAAGAAGAGUCUGAUGAAGCGGCUUCAGGGUUCUCGAGCCACCACAAAACAUCUCCCAGUUUCCCUGCUGCGUCCACUCUGUGAGGCCAUGGCUGAUCCGCAGUGUGGUCUGCAAAGCCUAACGUUGGCUCACUGCAAACUCCCCGACGUGGUUUGCCAAGACCUCUCCGAGGCCCUGAGGGCAGCCCCUUCCCUCACAGAGCUGAACCUCCUCCAGAACCGGCUCAGCCAGGCAGGCAUGCGGAUGCUGAGUGAGGGCCUGGCUUGGCCAAAGUGCCAGGUGCAGACCCUCAGGUGA